CGAGCAUCCGGGCUCCUGGCGGCGGCGCUGCGGAGGCUCGCGGGAGACGCGGCGCGCGGGGCGAGCGGGCGGCCGAGCGGACAGCGGCUGGGCGCUCUCGGGCGGCCGGCGGGGCCGAGCGCCGCGCGUCCCGAGCAUGGCGGGCUCCCUGCCUCCCUGCGUGGUGGACUGUGGCACCGGGUAUACCAAGCUUGGCUACGCAGGCAACACUGAGCCCCAGUUCAUUAUUCCUUCAUGUAUUGCCAUCAGAGAGUCAGCAAAGGUAGUUGACCAAGCCCAAAGGAGAGUGUUGAGGGGAGUUGAUGACCUUGACUUUUUCAUUGGAGAUGAAGCCAUCGAUAAACCUACGUAUGCUACAAAGUGGCCAAUAAGACAUGGAAUCAUUGAAGACUGGGAUCUAAUGGAAAGGUUCAUGGAGCAAGUGGUUUUUAAAUAUCUUCGAGCUGAACCUGAGGACCAUUAUUUUUUAAUGACAGAACCUCCACUCAAUACACCAGAAAACAGAGAGUAUCUUGCAGAAAUUAUGUUUGAAUCAUUUAAUGUACCAGGACUCUACAUUGCAGUUCAGGCAGUGCUGGCCUUGGCGGCAUCUUGGACAUCUCGACAAGUGGGUGAACGUACGUUAACGGGGAUAGUCAUUGACAGCGGAGAUGGAGUCACCCAUGUUAUCCCAGUGGCAGAAGGUUAUGUUAUUGGAAGCUGCAUCAAACACAUCCCGAUUGCAGGUAGAGAUAUUACGUAUUUCAUUCAACAGCUGCUAAGGGAGAGGGAGGUGGGAAUCCCUCCUGAGCAGUCACUGGAGACCGCAAAAGCCAUUAAGGAGAAAUACUGUUACAUUUGCCCCGAUAUAGUCAAGGAAUUUGCCAAAUAUGAUGUGGAUCCCCGGAAGUGGAUCAAACAGUACACGGGCAUUAAUGCGAUCAACCAGAAGAAGUUCGUUAUAGACGUUGGUUAUGAAAGGUUCCUGGGACCUGAAAUAUUCUUUCAUCCAGAGUUUGCCAACCCAGACUUCAUGGAAUCCAUCUCGGAUGUUGUUGAUGAAGUAAUACAGAACUGCCCCAUCGAUGUGCGGCGUCCACUGUAUAAGAAUGUCGUUCUCUCAGGAGGCUCCACCAUGUUCAGGGAUUUCGGACGCCGACUGCAGAGAGAUUUGAAGAGAGUAGUGGAUGCCAGGCUGAGGCUCAGUGAGGAGCUCAGCGGCGGGAGGAUCAAGCCGAAGCCCGUGGAGGUGCAGGUGGUCACGCAUCACAUGCAGCGCUAUGCCGUAUGGUUCGGAGGCUCCAUGCUGGCCUCGACUCCGGAGUUCUUUCAGGUCUGCCACACCAAGAAGGACUAUGAAGAGUACGGGCCCAGCAUCUGCCGCCACAACCCCGUCUUCGGAGUCAUGUCCUAGUGUCUGCCUGAAAGCGUCGUCUGAUGGUGUCACGUUGGGGAACAAGUGUCCUUCAGAACCCAGAGAAGGCCGCCGUUCUGUAAAUAGUGACGUCGGUGUUGCUGCCGAGCAGCGUGCUUGCAUUGCCGGUGCAUGAGGCGCGGCGCGGGUCCUUCAGUCAAAGCCAUUUAUCCGUGUGCCGACGCUGUCUGCCAGCCUCCUCCCUCGCCCCGCCCUCCUCCUCCUCCUCCCCCUCCCCCUCCUCCCCCUCCUCUCCCUCCUCCCCCUCCUCCCCCUCCCUCUCCUCCCCCUCCUCCCCCUCCUCCCCCUCCUCCUCCUCCUCAGAGCUGCUAGCUGACAAAUACAAUUCUGAAGGAAUCCAGAUGUGACUUUGGAAAUCGUCAGAGAAAACAAUCUUAGAAAAUGGCACAAAAUCGUUGUGCACCAGGAGAAUGUGGGGGCGCAAACCCUUUCCCUCCCAGCCUAUUUUUGUAAAUAAAAUGUUUAAACUUGAAAUACAAAUCGAUGUUUAUAUUUCCUAUCAUUUUGUAUUUUAUGGUAUUUGGUACAACUGGCUGAUACUAAGCACGAAUAGAUAUUGAUGUCAUGGAGUGCUGUAAUCCAAAGUUUUUAAUUGUGAGGCAUGUUCUGAUAUGUUUAUAGGCAAACAAAUAAAACAGCAAACUUUUUUGCCACAUGUUUGCUAGAAAAUGAUUAUACUUUAUUGGAGUGACAUGAAGUUUGAACACUAAACUGUAUUGUAUGAGAAUUACUACAGAUCAUGUAUCUUUUAGUUUUUUUGUUUGAACUUUCUGGAGCUGUUUUAUAGAAGAUGAUGGUUUGUUGUUGGUGAGUGUUGGAUGAGAUACUCCCCUGCACCAUUGUAAUAAAAGCUGUUAGAAUCUUUAUAAAUAUC